GUACGUCACACGAGGCGCUGGUAUUGUACGUAGCUGUCAGUUUUGUAGCAGAGGAGUUUAGAUUGGAGCUAUCAGGAGGGGAGCAGCUUGGAAAUGUCCUGGGUGAGGGCGGCCAUGGAGAGGGAAGAGGAGGUGUUCGAUGACGAGGGAGAUGAGAUGAACCUUCUACACAGAGAGUGGCAGAAGUCCAUGGAGAAUAGACUAAAGGAAGGGUAUCGAGAUGGGGUUGAUGCUGGAAAGGAAAAGUCAUUGCAGGCAGGAUUCGACCUGGGAUAUAAGUUGGGAGUAAACAUUCUAAUGCCAUGUGGAGAACUUCGGGGAACUAUUAGUGCUCUUGUCACGUGGUGUCAAGUUCACAAACCGGAUCCCACGAUGAAUACACAGCUUGGUGAACUCCUAGCUGCCACCUGCCAAUGUGAGGACCAAAUUGUCAAAGGCCUGUCGUCUGUUCAUCAGGUUGUUCAUCCCUCGGAGUUAUCAAGCGGUAUGGAUGACAUGGGACUCGGCAGCCAUACACAUGAGCCCAGUAAUGACUCUUGUGCUGCAGGCCAGGACUGUUGCCGCAAGCAGGAGCAUCUUCCUUCUUCCUUUCAAAACUGUAGGACUAUACAGGAGCUGAAUAAUGUUGUGAAACAUGAACUUUGUCAUAUUUUGAAAGGCACUUAUGCUAUAGCGCAACAGCUCAAUGUGUCCCCAGAUCUGCUUUGUUACUUACAAACUCUUGAAAUGAAGUGUUCGUUGAUUUGAAGACUCAGAAGAUUUUAUUAGAGAAUUUAUUUUUUAAAAACCAAACAUUGUCAUAUUUAAAAAAAUGCAUCGGGUGCUUUAGGGGGUUGGAUUCUCUUGUAUGCUUCCUAUCAACUGUUCCACUGUUAUAAAACAGUUAUUCAUAUAAGCCAUUACUGAUGAUUGGUUACGAUUAAAAACGUACAUCCUGGAAGUGCAAUAUUAUACAGUAUAUAUACACAUCUUCUUUGAUGAAUUCCACCCCCUUCGCAAAUCCCUAUCAUGAUGUCCCCGAGGGUAUGAAGUAGAGAUGCACCAAAAUCUUGGUGGGCAAAAAUCGGCCGAAAAUAGGGGUAUCUGCAUUUUUCAGAUACAAGGAAAAAGGCACUGAAAACUCACGCGAUGUUACUGCUUGUGGUGUUUUUCAUGGGACUCAAAAA